CAGGAGCGACGUUAGCAACCAGCCGCCAUUUGAGUAGUUAUGUACACAGUGAGCACCAAUCUGUGUGGACAGAAGGACAUUUACUCUUAAUUUAAUAAAGUCACAGUUUUAAUUAAUUACAUAAACAUGACCUCAAACAACCCAUCGGUUUUCCUCCUCAUGGUCAACGGUCAGAUAGAAAGCGCUAAUUUCCCAGGAUAUGAUGACUUAUACUGCAAGUAUUGUUUUGUGUACGGACACGACUGGGCACCUACUUCAGGUUUGGAGGAGGGAAUAUCUCAGAUUACGUCAAAGGGCAGAGAUUCCUGUCAGCGAUUGGUGUGGAACUUCCCGCUGGACAUCACUUUCAAAAGCACCAACCCGUUUGGCUGGCCUCAGAUAGUGGUCAGUGUGUAUGGCCCAGAUGCAUUUGGAAAUGAUGUGGUCAGAGGGUAUGGAGCAGUCCACGUUCCCUUAACCCCUGGAAGACACACAAAAACCAUUCCGAUGUUUGUUCCUGAAUCCACAUCAAGACUGCAGAAAUUCACAAGCUGGUUGAUGGGCAGGCGUCCAGAGUACACAGAUCCCAAGGUUGUUGCCCAAGGAGAGGGAAGAGAUGUAACUAGGGUGCGCUCCCAAGGCUUUGUAACACUACAGUUCAACAUUGUCACCAAGGACAUGAAGAAACUUGGUUAUGACACCACCUCCACAGAGCAAGCACCAGCCACACACCUGGCUGGAACAGAGCAGCCCUAUGGAACCUGACGGUAGUCACAACAUUUGGAAUGUUAUGUAUCAUUGAUAUACAGAUAAAGAAUAAAACCAGCAAAUGACUUUAAAGCAUAAGUAGGUCCAAUAUUUGCUGGAGUUUCUAAAGGAUAUAAAACCAGGUUUUUUCUACCAUCCUUUUUUUCUGUAUAUUUGUAAUAAAUUUGUACAGAUUGUA